UCUCUCUCUCCCACUCUAUUUCUUCUGCAACACAACGUCCCCCCACCUCUCCUUCUCUCUCUCUCUCUCUCUCUCUCUCUCUCUCUCUCUCCGUCUCCUUGUUUCUCUCUCUAGGCGUGCGAGAGCUCACGAGCACCACCAUCGCCGCUGCCGCUGCCGCCGCCUCGCACGCCAUACGACACCCUGCAGCGAGGACGGUUACGCCGAGACGACGCGCUCAGAGGAGGACGACUCGUCACGCCACAGCCAGCCAGCCAGCCAGCCAGCAGCAGCUAACCGAGACCAUCGGCGCAGAGCUGCAGAGAGAUAGGGAGAGGGAGAGAUGAGCUCUUGUGUGGAGAGCGAGAACGGACGAUCCAGCAACUACGACCGCUCGUCUUCCUGCAACGACAUUGGAACUGGGAGAGGAGAUAAUUCGCACGAGGAACUAUGGCAUGCUUGUGCAGGUCCCCUAGCUUAUGUUCCUAAAGCAGGGGAAACAGUGUAUUACUUCCCCCAAGGGCACAUUGACCAGGUUGAGGCUUAUACAAACCACGAUGGUGAUAUGGAAAUGCCUAUCUACAAAUUGCCUCCAAAAAUCCUCUGCAAGGUUGUUUCUAUUCAGCUUAAGGCUGAGAUUCAUACAGACGAAGUGUUUGCACAAGUUACAUUGCUCCCAGAGGCAAAGCAAGAUGAGGUCAAUUCUAACUGCAAGACUCCACCAAUGCCCCCAAGGGUUAAUUCACGUUUCGUUGUCAAGAUUCUUACUCAAUCUGAUACAGGCACACAUGGUGGAUGCUCUCUUCCUAAGCGGCCGGCAGACGAAUGCCUUCCUUCUCUGGACAAGUCGCAGCACCCUCCAGUUCAAGAUCUGGUGACGAAAGACUUGCAUGGAAACGAAUGGUGUUUCCGCCAUGUCUACCGUGGUAAACCAAAAAGACAUUUGCUGACAAGAGGUUGGAGUGAUUUUUUAACUUCCAAGAAGCUGGUCCCUGGGGAUGCAUGUAUAAUCCUCAGAGGAAGGGAUGGAGAUGUGCGCAUUGGUGUGCGCCGUUUGAUGAAUUCUCAGACGGCCACACCAUCAUUUGUCCUGUCGGGGCACAGCAUGCGCCACGGCAUACUAGCCAGUGCCUUGCAUGCAGUUUCUGCUGGAACCACGUUUACAGUGUACUAUCGUCCCUGGGCUUGUACUUCAGCUUUCAUCAUUGCUUAUGAACAAUACGUGAAAGCAAUGGCAAAUGACUAUUUUAUCGGAAAAAGGUUUAGGAUGCAGUUUGAAGACGAAAAAUGUGGAGAGCAGAGGCUUGGAGGGGCUGUAGUUGGCAUAGAAGAUAUUGACCAGAUGAGAUGGCCUGGCUCUGACUGGAGGUGUAUCAAGGUACUAUGGGAUUCCACACGUGCCAAAUGUAUACGCCCAGAAAGAGUUUCUCCGUGGGAUAUUGAGCCCCUAGAUGCAGACGCGAAGAAGCAGCCCGUUCUUCCAACCUCACUAAAGAGGACUCGUCCACACAACUUACCAUCGCAUUGGCCUCCUAUAUUUGUUAUGGAUGGAACCCAGUGGACUUCAGUUGCACCAAAGUCUCGAAGACACUUGGGGGUCUUUCAAGGUCAAGAAAAAUCUGAUUUGCCAAUUUAUGAAUCCAAUGCGCCACGGCCAUUACCAUUAGUACCACGUUUGCCCACUCCAAUCCAACAUGUCCAGUUGGCAUCACAAGGUCAAAUUCACUUAGCAGCACAUAAUGCAUGUCAUCAGCAUCCUGAGAGUGCAUUUUUGGUAGGUGAUGGUGGUAAAAGAGAAAGUCAGGGUCCGAGCAAUCACGGGCCUCCAGCAUGCAUCGCUCCAGAAUGUGGUCCAGUUAAAAGCUUGUCAGCACAAGACAUCAGCCCUGCCAACUCCACCUCCCAGGCACGGAUGACUUCUGAAACAAAGGAUGAAACAACCCCUUCCCAGACAAAUCGCUUUGGGAAAUGCAUGGUUUUUGGUGUCAAUAUAGCAGAUGACGCAUCGGAGCUCCCUUCACCACAAGUUGCCAACUCCAGUGAACUGUCUAAGCCUUCUUCAGUUCCUCCAUUAUCAAAGUCCAGCCACUUUGUGCAGGUUAUAAUAAAUGGAACUGCUACAGGAAGGCCGGUUGACCUCAGACAGUUGAAAGGCUAUGAAGAACUCAUUCACGGGCUUGAUCAGAUGUUUAAUUUUGGCGGAAACUUGAUCGACGGAAGCAGUGGGUGGCACGUGAAAUGCAUGGAUGACGACGGGGACAAUGUGCCAAUAGGGGAUUAUACCUGGCAGGAACUUGUCUCCAUGGUACAACAAAUACUUAUUUGCCCAAAGGAAGAAGAAAAAGGCAAACAGGUUCGAAUGCUCGAGAGGACAGUCAUGGUGGCGAAACUGGGAAGUGUGGGGGUAGAAAUUCUUUGGACACAGUACGGGAAAAUUUCAUGUUCUAGGACGUUGGUUCUUACGAACGAUAGGAAUCUCAGGAUAGUUGGGUUUCCGGACUCGUACUACUGACUCACGAUGGCUCAGGUAUUCAAAAGUGAAACAGUGCAUAUCUCUUUCUCUGGUGAGUCGUUCUCAAAUUGAGAUCUUGUAGCGGUGUGCUUGUGGCUGCAGGGUUUUAGCACCUCCUGCUUUUUCCUUCACCUUGCGUCAUGCUCUGUUUUUCGAGAUGAAUAGACAGCUUGAUCGAAUAUAAUGCACUCAAACUACGGUAAUGUGACUAAUGUCCCGAGAGGUAAGCUGUUUUGCGCCAUAUGUAUCUAGUGAGCAUGCCUCAGAUUCUAGUGGGAAUCGAGAGAGUUUGGCUCAUCCAAACGCUCAUCCCCUCCUUCUUCCACCGGUCCCGGGAUUAGUCGGUCCGGUU